ACCCUUGAUUUUCCCUAUCAUUGGGAACCUAAAACCUGUUAUAGUGGCAGAGGAUGUUCGUAAACUCUGUAAUACAUAUGGCGACAUCUUUAGAAUGAGAGCUGGAUGUGUAGAUAUGACUUUCAUCUGCAACUUCAAACUGGUGAAAGAAGCUUUCUCCAAGAUAGAAUGUACUGACCGUCCCCAGUGGAAGAACAUUCAUUUUCUUACUGAUGGAAAAGAAUCAGGAGUAAUAUUGACCAAUGGAGAACAGUGGCAAAAUGCACGAAGGUUCUUGCUACGUAACCUGAGGGACCUGGGUAUGGGCAAGUCUUGUCUGGAAGCUGUCAUACAGGAGGAGGCACAGAUGCUGGUCAAUGAUUUCCGAAAAUAUGAUGGCAAGGAAGGUCAUCUGCCCAAGUCUAUCAACAUAGCAGUUCUCAAUGUUAUCUGGCAACUAGUAGCAAGUCGUCGCUAUGAGUUGGACGACAAAGAAAUCGGUUCCUUUAUUGCGCUUCUAAAAUCCUUCCAAGAAGACAUCACUGGUUUAUUUCUACCAAUAUUCUUUCCUAUACUAAAUUAUCUUCCAAGAUUUCUCACAAGAAAACUUCUUAGUCUUGAAUUAAUAGACAAAGUAAAACAGAACGUCUUAGAGCUCAUGGGGGGUAUUAUUGAGUCUCACAAAGCCAAAUUGGACCCCAGCAACCCACGUGACAUCAUCGAUAAAUAUCUUCUUGAGAUGGACAAGAAAAGUGAAAUUGCUUCAUUUUUCAGUGGUAUGUAUCACCGAGGAGGAAUUUCUCUCCAGCAACCUUAGCAUUUUUGUAUUUGC